AUGGCCCAACAUACUCUGCCUCCUCUUCCAUACGCGUAUGAUGCCUUGGAGCCCAUCAUCUCCAAGCAGAUCAUGGAACUGCAUCAUCAAAAGCAUCAUCAAACCUACAUCAACAACUUGAAUGCCGCUCUCGCUGCCCAAGCCACAGCUACAAACUCAAACGAUGUCCCAUCCCUAAUCAGCCUGCAGCAAAAGCUGCGCUUCAACGGUGGCGGCCACAUCAACCACUCUCUCUUCUGGAAGAACCUCACUCCCCCCGGAACCCCCGGUAAUGACAUUGGCGGAGCACCAGUUCUUCGUGAAGCUAUUGUCUCACGAUGGGGUUCACACGAGGCCUUUGUCAAGGCAUUCGGUGCCGAGCUUCUCGGCCUUCAGGGAUCUGGAUGGGGCUGGCUGGUGAGCAAGGGUGGUGCCAAGGGUUGUCUAGAGAUCCAAACGACCAAGGAUCAGGACCCUGUCAAUGCUCCUGAUGUGCCCAUUUUCGGUGUCGAUAUGUGGGAACAUGCAUACUACCUCCAGUACUUGAAUUACAAGGCUGGCUACGUCGAGGGAAUUUGGAAGAUUAUCAACUGGGCUGAGGCUGAGAAGCGAUACACUGCAGGUGUUGAGAAUCCACUGAAGCUGUGA